ACGGGUAGAAAGACAAUUUUAUUAAGGAACAGAUAAAAAGAGCUAUUUAACUACUUCGGGCCAUUUCUACAGCUAUUUCACUACUUUGAAGUUCACUGCGAUGAGCGAUACAAGAAACACCGGUGGAUAAGAUCCACCGUGUCACUACCAGCAUGCCCGGCAUCGCUCAAGAUCUUAUUAUGGGAGUAAUCAGUCGAGAUAAAGCGAUUGCACAUCUUUUGGAUCUGGACCUCCCCAUAAAUGAAAACAAGUUCAAAAAUUGCAUAAUCAAUUUAAUUCGGAAGCUUCCUCCUGUACCUACUGCAGAAGACACCAACGAAUUGGAACUUAGCACUCGAUAUGUUGCUCCUUUUUUAUCUGGUUUAUUUGACGAUCCGGACGAGGACAUAUAUAUACGGUGGACUAAUAAACUAACUUUAGAAGCUCGAUAGCAUGACAAUUUAUCAACAAAACGUCCCGAUAUAUGUAUAAGUCGUUUACAUGGGAUGACACGAGCGUCGAAUUAUGGAUAUGGGAGAGCUAAGCCAGCUGCGCAAGGUGGUAACAAUUAUUCGAUUUGUUUGGGACUACUUUGCGUUGGUAUAUUCUGCAAGAAUGCUCUCGAUGCACAAAACAUGGAAGGUGUACUGGGUCUCGCAUUUGUCGCGUACUUGAAACCUUCAAUCGCAUCUGCAAACCAUCAGUCCAUCAAGCAAUGCCAAGCCGACACCGCCCAACGAUCACGACGUCUGCCUUCAAUGGCGUUUUUUUUCAAAUAUCCAAAUAUAUAUAUGUUAUAACCAAUGAAAUAUCAGGGUAAAUCUAAAAAUUAUGUGCGUAUGAAUCCUGCGUAUGCUCCGAGACAUAUGCAUGUCCAAAUUAUUGUUAAGUACUCCACAUAGAUUUAAUAUAAAUACCUCUAACUUAUGAAUUUUUAAUAAAGAAAGUUUAUCUUCGAACUUGGUUCACAAUCUGGUC